UAGCGCGGUCAUUUCUUUAGUUAACAGAUAAAUAAUUAUAGAGUUGUUUGAUAUCACUAAUCUCGUUGUCAAAAAUACGCGAACUGAACAGAACGGUAGCCGGUAAGAUAAGAUAAUGACUAAGAGAACGGCUGAAGAAGAAUUCAGCGAAAAAUAUCUAAUUUUGCAAGAAGUUAAAAAGGGCGAAUCAAGAAAUGCGGUCUUAAACAAAUACAAAAUUAGUGAACGAACUUUACGCAAAAUUGUUCAGUGCGCCGAUGAAAUUACUAAUAAAUCCCAUGACUCUGAGUUCAGGAACAAAAAAUCAAUGAAAUCUGCUGAUAAUGUUGAAUUAGAGGCCGCUUUAUUCAAAUGGUUUAUCCAAAAACGAGACUCGGGUCAGCCGAUUUCGGGAAUGAUGAUACAGGAAAAAGCUCGAAUUUUCAAUGAACUGCUAAAGGGGCCAAAAACUUUUAGAGCAUCAGAGGGGUGGUUUUCUAGAUUUAAAAAACGCCAUGGACUUAAGAGAUGGUCAAUAAAAGGGUAUUAUUCCAGAUUUUUAUUGUCCAAGGACAUUAAUUCUACCGAAGAAUUUACGAAAUUACUGAUUGAAAAAAUAAUUAGAGAAAAUUUGAAAUUGGAAAAUAUAUACAAUGCUGAUGAGUCCGGAAUAUAUUGGAAAAUUCUGUUGAACUACAUUUGUGCAUUAUUAACAGAAAAGUCAGUCGCAGGAUUCGACAAUAAAAAAGAUCGAUUCACGGCCCUAUUUUGUGCCAACGCCAGUGGGUCUCACAAAAUCCCUCUCCUAAUAAUUGGCAAAUCAGAACCAAGAAAUUCGAAAAUUCUUAUUGAUGGAGAAGUCAAAUUACAUGAUAUUAGCUACCUGAAAGAUCUUGAUGUUAAUUAUUCUGCCCAGGAGAGUGGGUGGAUGAAUUGUGAGAUCUUCAAAAAAUGGUACCAACAUGAAUUUAUAUCAAGAGUUCUGGAACACCAAAAAAAUACAGGAAACAGCGGGAAAGUACUUUUAAUUUUGGACAAUGCUCCCUCACAUCCAUCUGCAGAAAAAUUAAAUGCAAUUCAUGAUAAUUUUGAAGUUAUGUUUUUGCCCCCCAACGAUGUGACCCUCAUUCAACCAAUGGACCAAUCAACAAUCUCGACCAUGAAGAAACUUUACAAAAGAAAUCUAAUGCGCAGGUUACUUAUCGAAAAAAAUUACGAAAAAAUUGAAACUUUUUUAAAGGAACUGAAGGUGAGCGACUGUUUAGUGAUGCUCACCAAAGCAUGGUCCAGUUUGAAGCAGUCGACUUUGAAGAACUCGUGGAAGGCGUUACUACCGGAAAAUAUCGAAAUGAAUUCUUCCGAAAAUUCAGUGUACGCUGAAGACUCUUUCAAAUGCGAAAUCAAUGAUUCAGUUGAAGAAUCGAAUUCCAUUCGCGAGUUUUCUGAACACCUCGCCAAAUGUUUGUCAGAAGGAAAAGAGGAAGGUGAAGAAAUGUCGAAAAGGGUGAAAUUGAAGAUUGAAGAGUGGUUUAAUGCAGAUGAAGGAGAUAGCGGCUGUGAAAUGCUCUCAGAUGCGCAGAUUGUGGAAUUCGUCUUGAAUCGCAAAGAUGACCCUGAUGACCUUGUAAAUUCGAGUAUGGAUGUUGAGCAAACCGAAUAUAUCCCUCAAGAUUUGGGGCGCCAAAUUGGCGAGGAAGAAAAAAUUGCUGCCAGCGAAGCACACGAGUGCUUUUUGAAAUUCAAAAAUUGGAUGAUGGCGCGCGUUCAGUGUUCUGCAUCUCAAAUUCGCCAUUUUACAGAAUGUGAAAAGAUUUUGAAAAAUGCGAUUGACAAUUUUCAAGGUUAAAGAGUGCAUAAAUAAAAGUGAUUUAAUUUAUGUAUUUAUAUUCAUAUUUAGAAUUUAUUUUAGAAAUAAAAUUUUCUAUGUACAUAUUUUAUUGAAAAUUCUUCUCUGAUAGAAAAAAAUGUAUAUUAAAAUAUUAAUGGCGAAUGGUUUACUUUAGAGUACAGCCAAUCAUUGCCGAAUAAAUGGACAAUUCGAAAAUGUCCUUUUAAUUUUGUACAACUUGUGUAAUAAUAAGAAUGAAUAUUAUCCUUAGUAUUUAAUAAAUAGAAAUGUAUACAAUAUAAUUUAAAAAUAAGUUAAGUGUUAAACAAAUUUAAUUCUUAAGUGCAUUGUGGGUCUCUGACACCCCAAGCAAUUUUCAAACUCUUAUAAACCAUACUUAAUUCGAAAAAAUUGAGUAAGUGUCGCCAUUUAGCUUUAGUUGGAGACACUAACAUUAAGUAAAGUCAUUUAACAUACUGCGUCAAACGUCAAUCCAGUCUAUUAGCAGCAGCUGCUGAAAGUGAGGGUAAAAAAAUCAUGGGGUGUUGAACACCCAGUGUGCACUUAGUAAGUGAAAAAGUAAAUUUGGAUAAAAUUUUUGUUGUUAAAAUUUUAUUGAUCAUUUCUAACGUAAAUAUAUCACAUGAAGUGAAAUAAUCUUUAUCAUGCGAGAGCAGACUGUGGAUGUAUUGAAUAGAAUAUAAUUAUU